CUGCCUCCAGGGGGAGCCUGCUGACCCGCAGCCUGGCUGACAUCGUGAAGAAGGAAGACUUCGUACUCGACUCCGAGUACCUCAUCACUCUGCUGGUAGUGGUACCAAAGGCAGCGUACACUGAUUGGCAGAAAUCAUAUGAAGGUCUGGCUGAGAUGGUGGUGCCUCGAUCCUCACAUCUGCUGUUUGAAGACCAUGACAGCGGACUGUUCAGCGUCACUCUGUUUCUGAAAGCCGUUGAUGACUUCAAACACAAAGCCAGGGAGAACAAGUUCGUAGUGAGAGACUUCCAGUACAAUGAGGAGGAGCUGAAGGCCGACAAAGAGGAGAUGACACGGCUCUCCACAGACAAGAAGAAGCAGUUUGGCCCUCUGGUCCGAUGGCUCAAAGUGAACUUCAGUGAAGCCUUCAUCGCAUGGAUUCACAUCAAAGCUCUGAGGGUCUUUGUGGAAUCUGUUUUAAGAUACGGGCUGCCGGUGAACUUCCAGGCCAUGCUGCUGCAGCCCAGCAAGAAGACCAUGAAGAGGCUGAGGGAGGUGCUCAACGACCUGUACAAACAUCUGGACAGCAGCGCGUCCGCCAUCAUCGAUUGUGCCAUGGACAUCCCAGGCCUAAACCUGAGUGUGCAGGAGUAUUAUCCUUACGUCUACUACAAGAUCGACUGCAACCUGUUUGAUUUUAAAGUGUAAAAAACGUUCCUUAUUUUCUUCUUUUUGUUGUGUGUUAAAUACGUUUGAGAUUUUCCUGGUACAAACCUCCCCCCCCACUGUCUCCUCUCCUCAUCAUGAAUGACGCUGCAUGAUUAUUAUUUGUGGUGUAAAAUCUCAUCAGCUACCACUUUCACAACCAAGGGACAAAAAGAGACUUUAAAUUAUUGAUCUUGUUUACAGUUGUUUUUUUUUCCUACACAGAUUUUUUCAUGUGAAAUGAAUUAAGAAAUCAUAUUGAAAAGUUAUAUCUACUGUGUCAUUCCAUUCGUGCUGUGUGUAUUGAUAGCUUCUGUAUCUGUGAUCUGUGAUUACAAAACGGUGCACCAUGGCAACCAGAUCUGUGUGUGUGUGUGUGUGUGUGUGUGUGUGUGUGUGUGUGUGUGUGUGUGUGUGUGUGUGUGUGUGUGUGUGUGUGUGUGUGUGUGUGUGUGUGUGUGUGAGAUUUUGUGAAUAUUUGCUGUCAAAUAAGUAUCAGAGUAUUGUGUAAAAGAUUGAAUAAAUAUGAUUGGAUAUAUGAUAUCUAACGUGUU